AUGCUCUUCUCAGGUGAAGAAGCGCUCGCAUACUUAUACUUCGUGUUCGAAGGUCUCACAUCGUCAUGCUUUCCAUCUAUACGCUCUUGCCUAGUUGGGAAGAACGAGGUGGAAGCGGAAGAGCAAGCCACCGACUCGAUCGAUGUUCCACAAGCCACACGGUCAAGAGACUAUUCGCCAGGAGGAGCCGUGCCGUUUCUGACAAAGCUCAUUGGCCGUGCCAGGACGUUUGAAUACGACCUGGCUGUUAAGGGUGUUGACGCCGUGACCGCCGAGCGCAUCGGCUGGGUCAAUACUGCUUACGGUCCAAACGAUGAGAUGCAGGCCGCUGUGAAUGAGUUGGCUGGCAGGAUUGCGUUGUUCCCGAAGCAGUCUCUCGUUGCGACGAAGAAGAGUAUCAACUACGAUCGUCCAAGCGAGGAUAAUCUGAAUGAGGAUGUGGUGGCCAUGAAUGAGUUGAGGGUGAAGCCUAUGUCGGAGAAGCUGAUGACCAAGUUUAUACACCUGACCGACGACUUCAAGAAGAACGAGUUCGAGCUGAGGAUGCCGGAGGAUCUUGUUCAGUUGUAUGAGUGA